GUCACUGCAGCACAGGAAGCCAGAUAGACAGGAAGAUGCUGCAGCAUGAAACAGUAUCUCCGGCAACAGAGCUGCUGACUUCAUUCUGACUUCUGACUUGAGCUGCUGCAUCCUCUGGGGGUUUCUUUAAAUUUGCUCGGUUGUGCUCGAGUAGAUUUUGAAGUUUUUCUACAAUUAUAUUUUUUUUCUUUUGCGUCCUUUUAUAAGCUUCAUGGAGUUUCUGUUUAAGACGCCUGUGGGUUCAGCAUUCUUCUCAAACUUUCAGACAACUUGAAGGAGCUCAUGGCUGUUUAGGGCGGGUGUCCAGCCGGAAGCUGAACCUCCACCCCUGCAGCCUCGAAAAGACGGACGGGAGCACCGAGGGCUAAAACUGAGCUUCCUAUAGUUGUUAUGGACAGAAAAGAACAUUAUGAUUCAAUCAUGGACCGUAGCAAGCGCAUUAUGUGGCAGGACGAUUGUUACAUGGACCUGCAAUCUACAUCCUGCUCUGCAUCAUCACACUCAGAGACAAAAGAUGUACAAUGGAUCCAAAAGCAUAAAGAUGGACUGCAGAACUUUGUUUCACACUCCUUCCUGGAGGAAAUAGUGAGACACCUUAGAAGUAUGGAUGUCCUAACCUCUGCUGAAGAGACUGGCAUCAAGGAAGCAGGAGCGCUACAAGAACAGAUUAAUAUGCUCACCACUAUCAUCACCAGCAAGGAAAGCCAAAGCUCAGAUGCCCUGCAGGCAUUCAUAGAGAGUUCAGAUUCAGAGGUUGCCCAGCUCAUCUUAAACUAUGAUGUCAUGGUGAAGAAGCACAAAGAGGUUCUGUUACACCAAUAUGACAAACACAGAGACAAAGAUUCAGGCAGCUGCCCAAAACUGAACAUCUCCUCGAGAACUUUGCUGUUGGUUGACGGACUUUCUGACUUCCAACAAAAGGAACAUGAUCUGAUGCAGGUGGGAGUGACUCGAGGAGGGAAAAGAAACCAUCUGAGACAGCUGGGACUUGCCAAACUAUUUGAACCUCUUACACGAGUCAGUUUGCCUCCCAGAGUAACUCUUACCGUUGGGGUGGCUGGUAUUGGCAAGACAACAUGGGUUCGACACUUCAUCAGACAAUGGUGCCAAGGGAACAUCUGCCCAGAUAUACACUUUGUUUUGCCUUUCACGCUGUGCGAACUCAACUCCCUUGAAAAACUGUCUGCAGAGAGGCUUUUAAAAAUGUUUUUCCCUCAUUUACCAUCCCCCAAUUUGAUCCUGAGCAAUGCCUGCAGGACACUGCUCAUCCUCGAUGGUUUGGAUGAGUUUCGCAGCACUUUAAAUUUCUCUGAUGCAGCUCCUUGCAACGACCCAAAGAAGGACAUUUCUAUUGACGACCUUGUCACGAAUAUCAUCCGAGGAAAUCUGCUACCAGACGUAGCAGUUUGGGUCACUUCGAGACCAGGAGUGGCCUCUCUGAUCCCUGGGGGACUUGUUGACCGAGUUACAGAGAUCCCAGGAUUCAGCCCAACGGACAUCCAAACAUUUCUGAACCACCACUUCUCUGAAAAGGAUUUUGCAAGCAAAAUAUGGGCACAUUUGGAAUCCAAUAAGAUACUGAUGGUGAUGUGCUACAUACCAUGCAUCUGUUGGAUGCUAGCAGAGACUUUGCUGUACAUUAUGCAGAGCGGGACACAGGAAAGCUUGCCUAAGACCUGCACUGAACUGUAUGCCCAUUUUUGCUGUAUGAAAGCAGAAGUAGGUGAACCAAGAGGCAGAGAGCCGGUCAAAUCUGAGCAGCUUCAUGCAACCAAUCGUAAACUGCUAGGCAACCUUGGACGCCUGGCGUUCUAUAGCCUCCUGAAGCACAAAUACACGUUUAGUGAGCAGGACCUUAGAGCCUAUGGGAUAGAUUUGCUAUUAACUCAAUGCAGUCUUGGUGCUGGAGUUCUUAUUCGAAGCGAGUCCACCAUACACACAACCUAUAGGUUUACCCAUUUGACUUUACAGGAGUUUCUUGCCGCUACUUUUUAUCAUGUUUCUUCCAAGCGUGCCAUAUUUGACCUGUUCUCAGAGAGCACCAUGUCCUGGCCCAAAAUUGGAUUCCAAAACCACUUCAGGAGUUCCUUCCAACACUCCCAGCAAGCCGAAGACGGUCAUUUGGAUCUGUUUGUGCGCUUCCUGACGGGCUUGCUCUGUCCAACAACGAUAAAACCUCUAUCUGGGCUCUUGGCUCUCGGGAAAGAUGAUGGAAGUCAGAAGAAUUGGGCUGCAGGUUUUUUACAAGGCCUGCUGUCCAGCGUGGGUUCGGUGGUGUCCCUCCGUGCAGUCAACUUGGCGUACUGUUUACAGGAGCUGCAACACAGUGAGCUUCUCCGGAGUGUAGAGGAGGACCUACGGCAGGGAACCCUGGCUGGAAAACUGACACGGCCACAUUGUGUGGUGCUGGGCUACCUGCUGCAUGUUUCUCCAGAAUGCUGUGAAAAAACCAACCUCACCGGCUGUUUGAACUACUCAACGGUGAAAAGCUUACUCCCACAGCUGCUGUACUGCACCCAUCUAAGGCUAGAGAAUAAUAACUUUAAAGAUGAUGUCAUGGAACUGCUUGGAAGCCUUCUAAGUGCCAAAGACUGCCACAUCCAGAAAUUAAGUUUGGCAGACAACCUAAUCAGCAACAAAGGAGCCAAAGCCCUGAGUCGGGCCCUCUUGGUGAAUCGAACACUAACAUCAAUCAACUUAAAGAACAACAACAUUGGAUCAAAGGGAGCAAAGUUUCUGGGAGAGGCUCUGAAAAUGAACCAAGCCUUGGUAUCAAUCAACUUCCAGAACAACUCCAUUGAGGAAGAAGGAGCUCAGGCCAUUGCAGAAGUCCUGCAGUGUAACCGCAAACUAGUGUCGCUAAACAUGCGGAAGAAUACAGUCGGAGCAGGUGGAGCAAAGAAGAUCGCAGAGGCGCUGAAGACAAACCGAACUCUUACAAAGUUGAUACUUUGCAGUAACCACCUUGGGGACAAAGGAACAGUUGCACUGGCUGAAGCUUUGACAUUCAACCACACUUUGCUGUCACUUCAACUUCAGAGUAACUCCAUCAGCAAUAAGGGAAUGACAGCGCUGACCAAAGCUCUUAGACUCAACCGGGGUCUUGUCUCUUUGAAUUUAAGGGAGAACUCAAUUGGAGUGGAGGGAGCCAAGAACAUGGCCCAUGCCCUGAAAGAGAACAACUCUUUGCAAAACCUCGAUCUCACAGCAAACCUUCUACAUGACGACGGGGUUCAAGCAAUUGCAGGAGCAAUCAAGUUUAAUCAAGGACUUACAUCUCUGCACCUCCAGUGGAAUUUCAUAAAAUCAACAGCCACUAAGGCUCUGGCCCAGGCCCUCCUCUCCAACACCACCAUUCAACUCCUAGAUCUACAAGAAAACACUAUUGGAAACGAGGGAGUGAUUUACCUUGCUGAGGCUCUUAAGGUCAACACAUCUCUGCAAACUUUAUGUCUCCAGGGGGUGUCAGCAGGGACGAGCGGUGCUGUCGCAAUGGCAGAAGCUCUAAUGUCCAAUCAGACUCUGCAGACCUUAGAUCUGCGAGGGAAUGCUGUGGGAAUGGAAGGAGCUAAAGCUUUGGCCAAUUCUCUGAAAUGCAACAGAAGCCUUAAAUCUUUAAAUCUCCAGGAGAACUCUUUGGGUAUGGAUGGGGCCAUAUUCAUAGCUACGGCUUUAAAAGGAAACCACCAACUUGCAUAUAUCAAUUUGCAGGGAAAUGGUAUUGGAGAAUCAGGAGCAAAGGUGAUAUCUGAUGCAAUAACAGCCAGUGCUCCAGGCUGUGUGGUGGACAUCUAAGCAAGAAAAAAAGAAGAAAUUCAGUGCAGGAAGGCUUUAAGUCAUAACUUUCUAUAAUAUCGUCAUCAUGAUCUUUUUUU